AUGAUUGAGGAUCUCCUCCGUCACGCUGCUUCUACGGACACUGCUGUCUGGGUCGUCGGUUUGCUUAUUCUGGCCUUCUGGCUGAGAAGGUGGCAGGUAGACGCACAGAUUGCCAGGCUGGGAGGCAGGGCAUGUGCGGUACAGACCCGUCUUCCCUAUGCAAUCGACUUCAUAUACAAGGCCACGGUGGCGAAUCUGGAGAACCGUGAUCUGGAAUUCUGGGAUGGUGCCAUCAUGAAUGCCCGGGGCGCAUCCAGGAUUGCGAACCCGAAGACCGCGGAGCUCUCAUCCGGCAUGUCCAACCGGGUGAUAGUGACCAAGGACCCCGAGAACAUCAAGGCACUGCUCACGGCCCAGUUCGAGGACUACGGCAAGGGCGAAUCCUUCCAUCGCGACUGGAAGGAGUUUCUAGGCGACGGCAUCUUCGUGACUGAUGGCGAGCCAUGGGCGCGCUCGCGCCACCUCCUGCGGCCGAUGUUUGUGCGCGAACGGAUCGUCGAUAUAACCAUCUUUGAGAAACACGUACAGGAACUGCUUCCACUGCUGGCGGGUCAGGGCCUAACGUCACAUGCACCAGACAGCAGUCCCGCGGUGGACGUGGUCCCGUUACUCUACCGCUACGCGCUGGACGCUGCCACUGACUACUUACUCGGGCAAGGCACAGACAGUCUGGUGAAUCCCAAGGCAGAGUUUGCGGAAGCAUUUCGAUAUGUCCAACAGCGGCAAGCGGAGAUUUUUCGCAUGGGGAUGUUCAACGGUCUCUUGUCCCGCAAGCGAUUUCGCCGGGAACUCCGGACAAUGGACAACUUUGUGCAGCCGUACAUUGACAAGGUACUCUCGCUCUCGCCCGAGGAGCUCGACCGCAAGCUGCAGAAACGCGAGACCUUUCUCGACGCUCUGGCGCGCUUCACACGCGACCCCCGCGUGCUCCGCGACCAGAUGUACACCGUCCUCCUGGCAGGUCGCGACACCACCGCGACCACGCUAUCGUUCUGUCUGUUCGAGCUGUCGCGCAACCCGGCGGUCGUGGCCCAACUGCGUUCCGAGAUCUCCUCACGCCUGGGCGUCGGCGCUCGAGCCACGCCCCCGAACUACACUGAUCUCAAGGAGAUGAAGUUCCUAACCGCCGUGCUCAACGAGACUCUACGUCUGUACCCGGUGGUGCCCUUCAACGUUCGCAACUCGCUCCGGGACACCACCUUGCCGCGCGGCGGAGGUGCCGACGGGCAGAGCCCGAUUGGUGUUCGGCGCGAGACACGUAUCAUCUUCUCGACUAUCUUCAUGCAGCGGGCAUCCGAAUACUACGAUGGACCGGGAACGCCAAAGUAUCUAGAUCCACAGCAAUGGCUACCGGAACGGUGGGUGUCCGGGUGGCAACCGAAGCCAUGGCACUUCAUUCCUUUCAACGGUGGGCCACGCAUCUGCAUCGGACAGCAGUUCGCCAUGCUGGAGAUGGGGUACACGCUGGUGCGGAUCCUGCAGGAGUUCGAGCAGAUCCUGCCCCGGCCACCGGGGGGGAAGGACAAGGUAGAAGAUCCAGUUCUACGGUUUGAUAUUGUCUUGAGUCCGGGGUCGGAGCUGAACUGCGUGUUUGUGAAGCACUGA